UAUUGGUUUUCUAAGCUUCAGGUGUGUCGUCUAUGGAUAGCAACAACCGAGGCGGAAGGCCGGAGCGAGGCGAUUGGAGCAUUUUUUAAUGGCCGAAUGCCGAAGAAUAUCCCGCGCCGUUCCUGUCAUUUGCUUCCCAGUUGACGAAUUCCAUCCAAAUGUCCAUUGCGAUGUCUUUUCGCUUUCCACCGCAAAUCCAAAGCAGCAGAAGGUAAAGAAAGAGGCAGCUCUGCGAAACCGGGAAGCUGAGGUUCGUUGCUUUUUUAUCCCCUUUUGCCAUUGCAAGCUCGCUCUUUUGUUCACGAGUUCGGACAAAAAGCGGCCUUUUGCUCCCGAAAAGCCAGUGUGUCUGUUGAUUGGGAUGCGCGAACUGAGCUAAUCGAUUGCGAUGGAGAGUGACGAAGCGUGAGGGAAAGAGGGAGCUUGCGAUUUGGUGGCCGUGAGAUCGGGAUCGAUGCUGGCCGGAGCUGCUUCGUCGCAGACUGGCCCAAGGGAGAUGGAGGACGAGGAGAAGGCGUACGUGGCGGUGGUGAAGCAGGUCAAGGAGGGGAAGGCCAACUUGGCGUGGGUGCUGCAGAACACCAGCAAGUACUGCAAGAUAGUUCUCCUGCACGUCCACCAACCGGCGCAGAGGAUUCCUACCGCAUUGGGUUGGUUUCCGGCCAGCAAGCUUGAGAAUCAAGAGGUUGCAGCAUAUAGACGCAUGGAAGAAGAAAACAUGCAUGGAAAUUUAGAUGAAUACGUCAAUAUGUGUUCCCAAGUAAAGGUGCAUAAAGCUGAGAAACUUGUAAUUGAGAGGGAUGAUAUUGCCAAAGGAUUAACUGAGUCCAUAGUUUCUCACGGAAUUACCAAGCUUGUAAUGGGAGCAGCUGCAAGCAAAAAUUACUCAAGGAAAAUGAAGGCUCCACGGUCGAAAACGGCUCUUGCCGUGAAACAGAAGGCUCAUCCUUCAUGCAAGAUUUGGUUUAUAUGCAAAGGGAAUUUGAUAUGCACCAGGGAGGCUUUGCUUGAUGGGUCCAUUGUAUCUCAGUCAUUCACAGCAAACCCAAUUUCAAAAACAAGCCAAUCUGAAAUCCAUAGACCAAUAUCUGCAUCUCUUUCACGAGGAGGGUCAACAAACUGUUCAAGUAUUGGACCAGGAAAACAGGACAUAGUUACUCAAAGAUCUUUGUCUGACGACUUGCCUCCAUACCGAGAUUUGACGAUGACAACUUCACCUACAACUAGCAAAAAACUAGUCAGAUCAUCCACAACAGAGAGCAGAGAAAGUAAAGAGCCAUCAAGAUCAACAUCAGAGAGCAAAGGAAGUAGUGUUGUGGAUCCCUCGGAUGCUGCUUCAAGUAUUUCAGACUACUCUGUGUUUGAUGAAGAGAAGAGUGAUAUGGCUUCUUUGUCAACAAUGCAAGAGGAUGCCGAUAGAGAAGGUGCAUCACUCAUUUUACAAGUGAAGCAUGAACCUGAAGAGUAUAAUAAGCUACUAUCUCCACAUCAAGAUCAGGUAAAUCUAGGUGUUGAUGAUGUCCUGUGUGAAAAGCUGCAAACUGCUCUAGAUGAAGCAGAAAGCUUCACACGUGAAGCAUAUGAAGAGCUUUACAAGCGUCAGAAAGCUGAAAAAGAUCUAAACGAGGCCAUACAAAAGGUCAAAAUAGUUCAAAAUUUGUACAACCAAGGGUUCAAACAGAGGAUAGGUAUUGAAGAAGCAUUAGCAAAAGAAAAGUCAGCACUGUUAGCAUUAAAGAAACAUCAAGAUGAGGUCUACGAAGAACUCAAAAAGGCAUACCAAAAGAUGGAAGCUCUGCAACUUCAGAAUUCUGAUUCAGACCAUAUUCUCAAAGAUGUUAAAAAGAAAUUGUCUGAGGCGUAUAGUCAUCUUGAUUCAAUCCGACAAGAGCAUGAUGUGUUGCAGCAGGAGCGAGACAAAGCAAUGAGAGAAAAUCAAGAGCUGAAACGAAUGAAAGAGGAAGCGACAUCCAGCAUUCAUGAAGCUGAUAACUUCUCAAUAUUCUCCCUUUCAGAAUUGGAGCAAGCAACUGAAAACUUUAAGGAAGAAUCAAAGAUUGGUGAAGGUGGAUAUGGAUGUGUAUACAAAGGUUUUCUUCGCCAUACAACAGUAGCUAUAAAGAGACUGAAUCCACAAGGCAUGCAAGGAAAAGCAGAAUUUCAGAGAGAGAUGAAUGUUUUGAGUAAAGUAAGGCAUCCCAACCUUGUCACUCUAAUAGGAGCAUGUCCAGAAGCUUGGGCUCUUGUUUAUGAGUUUCUUCCUAAUGGAAGCUUGGAAGACCACCUUAAUUGUAAGAAAAAUGCACCUCCACUUAUGUGGCAGACACGCACUUGUAUUGCUGCUGAGAUAUGUUCAGCUCUUAUCUUCCUCCAUUCCUGUAAACCUUUCAGUGUGGUCCAUGGUGAUCUUAAGCCUGGAAACAUUCUUCUAGAUGCAAACCUUGUGAGCAAACUAGGAGACUUUGGUAUCUGUCGUCUUCUAGUCCAAUCUAUGAACAGCACUGCCCUCUAUCACUGCACACGCCAGCCAAAAGGCACAUUUGCAUAUAUGGAUCCUGAAUUGCUCACAUCUGGGGAAAUUACUAUAAAAUCUGAUAUGUACUCCUUUGGAGUUAUCCUGCUACGUCUUCUUACCGGACGGCCAGCAUUUGGAGUUAGCAAAGUAGUUCAAGAGGCAUUGGAUAAAAAUUGUCUGCAUAAGAUACUUGAUGGUUCCGCAGGGGACUGGCCUUAUUUGCAUGCUGAGAAGUUGGCAAAAGUGGGUUUGAAAUGUUGUCAGAUGAAAAGGAGGAACCGUCCAGAUGCCACAGAAGCAUGGAGAAUUCUCGAUCCCUUGACAAAGUCCUCAUUUUCAGGGCCACUAUUAUCAUAUAGAUUAACGGCAAAAGACAGCCCCUACAUCCCGUCCUACUUCAUCUGCCCAAUAUUGAAGUUUUUUUAUUUCAGUGCUCAAUGGCUUAACUUGAGGGAUACAACACUGCUCGUCAUCCUCUUUUCAAUAGAGACGACUUCCCCUACUGCAAAAGGCUGAUGGAGGUGUACCUAAAGACUGACUUCGACCAAUGGUUCAACGUCACCAAAGGAUACAAGACGUCAGUCGACCACAAUAUCGGAAUUCCAAUGAAUCUUGAAAAUUAGAAUCCGGAAAUGAAAAAGAAGGCCCAGAUCGACUUCAAAGUCCUCAACACAAUCCAGUGCGGACUAACGAAGGAAGAUCUAAAGCGCGUCGGUCCACAUGAAAACGUAAAGGAGUUAUGUGACAAGCUCAUAGAAUUACACGAAGGAACCAACGACGUAAAGGUAACAAAAAGAGACUUAUUUUUAAAUAAAUUAUUUAACAUUAAAAUGCAAGAAGGAGAAUCCGCUAGUCUAUUGCACGCAAGGAUAAAAGACAUCCUCAACGGGUUCCACACAAUUGGCCAUCAGAUAGAGAACCGAGACUUGAUAAGGUAUGCCUUGAAUGCCUUCCCUCGAAAUGCAUUGUGGGCAUCCAUCGUUGAUGCCUAUAAAAUUUCGAGGAAUUUAUCUAAAUUAAAGUUAGAUGAACUUUUCUGUGAAUU